AUGCAAGGUAUACCUUAUGGUUUAGCAUUGGCAAUGCCGAUAAUUUUGCAAAACAACAAAAAUGUGUCUUGCAAAGAUCAAGCUAUAUUCAGUUUAGUUGCAUGGCCGUAUAGCUUAAAACUGAUAUGGGCCCCUUUGGUAGACUCGCUGUACGUACAAAAGAUGGGAAGACGAAAAUCGUGGCUCAUACUAGUUCAAUAUUCAAUUGGUGCGUAA